UGCCCGGAGCACUGUUCCCCUACCUGCAGGCCCUUUUGGCCCUUGAGGCCCUUGAGGCCCUUGCGGCCCUUGCGGCCCUUGGGGCCCAUGGGCCAACAGGUAGGCUCUCUUCUGGGGAAGCCAGUGCUUCCCGCAGAGGAUUUUCAGACACGCCACAGCAGCAGCCUUAGGUCCUCCCGCAGGGACUGCUUGGGCAUUUGGCUCUUGAAGCAGGAGGCUCAGCAGAGGAGGGCCGCCCAGGAGGCUGCGAGGCCCCCGUCCGCCUUCAGGCCCGUGGUAGGCCGGCGAGGCCAGGUGCCUUAUGUCCCCAGGCCUGGGCCUCUGAGCACAGACCACCGCAGGCAGAGCGCCAGAGCUCCAGCUGCCCCCUCCCCCCAGCCCUCCUGUGUGAGCUCCACCAAGCGAGAUGCCAUCAGCAGCUCCUACAGCUCCACCGGGGGGCUGCCUGGACAGCGCAGGAGGGCUGCAGCCCCCUCGCACAUCAGGCCGCCCCCGGGCUCCACCAAAGAUCUGAAGGCGGCCAGGCAGGACAGCCUCCAGCAACCGUGUUCGGCCCCCCAAGUUCCCCUCAAGACCGGGAACGAGGUGGUGGCAGACACACCAUCCAGACACGAAGAAACCAGAAAGGACCACGAGCUGACACCAGAGGGUGCUGGCCUAGGAAGAAGAAAGAUCCCUCUCCUGAGGCGUCGCCAAGGGCCACCCUUCAGGCUGCCACCACCUCCAGAACUAAGCUAUAAGAUCACCGCGGAGCACAUAGAUCAGGAGAAGGAGGCAGCAUUCCAACUUCUGAAUGCCAGGCUGAUGGGUAAGUUGCAGACCCUAGACAUCAGCAGCACCACACAGCCUGUCUGCCCUCUUCCCCUGCCUGCCCCAGGUACUGCUCCUGAACCCUUGAUCUCUGCGGGGGAGAGUAACCACAGAAAGCAGCAGGACUCCACCCUCACCAGUAGCCCUCAGCCUUCCUGCUCUGCUUCCCAGCCUCUGCCAGGCACUGAUCCACCCAUCAUCCCUGCAGGGAAAGGUCAGCCAGCCUCCUGUAGCCCAGCACAGGCAGCCUUUGGGGAUCCUGUCUCACAAACACGACCUCAGGCAUCUUGGACAGCUCCCAGGCAGCUUCUAAUGUCACCCAGGCUCUUUUCCCUUCUGGAACUUCAAUCGCAGCUGCCUCUGCCACAGCCACCUACAUGCCCAGUGCUCUGACCCAAGUCUGGAACAGCAGAUGGCCUUUCUCCAAGGUAAAGCUCAGCCCUUAUCCAAGGUAAAGCCUGGCUAGAGCUCAGGCUUAGUGAUGGUGACAGCUUCCGGUUCAACAAGGGGCCAAGCCAAGGGAAGCUAUGGGUGCACCCAGAACUUAUAGCCACAGUUAGGGUACUGAGCAUGUCUUCAAUGUGAGGAGACAGGGCCUUGGGGAACCCAGGGAUGUGAGAAGCAAGGCUGCCUCAAACCACCCACCCAAGCCGGCCUCUAACCUUGGCCUUCCUGCUUCUCAAGGGGGCAAAGUUAGGAGGAAGCUGGCCUUCAAGGCCUCUGCACACAAUGCUGCUCAGUGAGCCACCAAAUCAAUACCACAAAAACUCGUGAGUCCAUAUCGAUAUAAUUAAAAUUAUUGAAUAAAUUGACAAAGUAGGGAAAAGAGAUGUAAAUAUAAACAAGCUAUGUACAAAUAUCUAAGUUUCCUCCAAAUGCUAAUGCCCAGACAAACCAGCACUGGCUGUCUCCAUCCUCACCAGGGAAGGGCAGCUACUAGGAUCCAGCCACCUCUGACUAUGUGAUUCAGCCCAGGGAACACUCCUCACCUCUGAGGCACAAGCCAAGAAAGCACAGUCUAGUGGUACAAGGGAACACGAAGACUUUCCUCUGCAGUGUAGACUUGCCAAGU